AUGUCCAACAGCUCCGAAUUUCUCGUUCUUCCUCGCCCAGGUGGGGCGACCGCCACCUCGAAAGCCCCGAUACAGGGUCCCUCUGAGUCGGCCUUUACGGAGACUUUCGGUGCGCUCCUACCACCGGGAAAGUUCUUGAAGACUGCCACUGGUAAAGCCGCCUACUAUGAGAUGCCUCCUUCAUCAGAUAGCGAGGGCUCAUCUACGCCCGAGCGAGUCCUAUUCAUUCACGGCGUGCAAACUCCGGCCCUUGGCAUGCUUCCGCUCGCCCGCAGCCUUCAUGGAUCGUUCCCGCGUUCGCAUUUCGUACUGGUUGACCUCUGGGGUCACGGACUGAGCGACACACCUGUUGUUCCGCAUGAAGCGAGCCUGUUUCACCAGCUUAUUGAUGAUCUGCUGGAUCAUCUGGGUUGGCCCUCCGCACACAUUGUGGGCUUCUCCUUCGGCGCCUCAUUGACGGCUGGCUAUACUGCAUCAAGAGCGACACGAGUGCAAAGUUUCACUCUCGUUGCGCCGGCUGGUCUCCUUCAUGCUGCCAACUUCACAGCAGAGGAACAGCAAUAUUUGAGCGAGGAUAAUACCGAUGAGGCUGGCGCUCGGGAAUUUGUGCUGGGAUUUCUCGAAGGUGGCGAGUUGGUUGUACCUGCAGACUGGAAGGACAGGGUGGCCAAGGGAGAAGUUGUUGCUGAGGCAGUGAGAGAGUGGCAAAUGCGUGAGCAUCCCGGUCAUACCGCUUCUGUAAUCGCGAUCUUCAGAGACGGCCAUGUCUUGGACAACGACGCUGCGUUUGCCAAAGCGGUCGAGACGAAUAUCCCUACGCUUGCAGUCUUGGGCGGACUGGAUGAUCUGUGCAGCGAAAGCCAGCUUACUGAGCUUGGGUUCACGAACGUUUCUGUUGUUCCCCAGGUUGGACACGGUGUAGUUAGAGAAAGAGUCCCGGAAGUUGCGGGCCUCAUCAGUGAAUUUUGGACCAAGCUUGGCUAA